AUGCCAGAUUACAAUACUUGUCGAGGUCGAAUCCUCCUCCUGGGCGACUCCAUUACCCAACAGAGCUUCUCGGGUCUGGACGCGUGGGGUGGACUAUUGGCCGACAGAUAUCAAAGGAGAGCAGAUAUCAUCAAUAGAGGAUACUCUGGCUACAACACGCCGAUGACUCUCGAAGUAGCGCGCCAUAUUUUCAAGGCUGGGUCACCGCACUUGGCUGGAGGUCCUCUGCUGUUGGUCGUCAUCUUCCUCGGUGCUAAUGACUCUCAGCUGCCGGGAAUGGUCAACUCCUCAGGGUCUGAGAGCAAGCACGUCCCGUUGGAUGAGUUCAGUAAGGCUUUAGAGGAGAUAGUGAUCUUGGUGAAACCGUUCACUUCACGUCUCGUUUUGGUUACACCUCCUCCCAUUGAUGGGGAGGCAAUAGUCGCUGAUGGCAAGGCCCGAUUCGGUGCAUCAGCUCCAGACCUGCCCAAUCGUAGGCUUCAAUUCACAGGAGAGUACGCGAGAGCGGCCCUCGAAGUGGGUGAGGCAAAGCAAAUACCGGUUUUGAACAUCUUUGAUGAAAUGCAGAAGGACGCGGCUUGGCGAUCCUUCUUGAGAGAUGGUCUGCACUUUAGCCCACUUGGCAGCAGAUGGUUUUAUGAGGCUUUGAUUCGCCUCAUCAAUAGAAACUAUCCCGACAUCGCAGUCGAAGCCGGCCCAGAUGGAGUGAGUUAUGGCAACAGUUCGAGUGCAUCCCCACUGAAAGCUGAGAUGCCCUGGCACGAGCAGUUCCCCCCUACUGUUUGA